AUGUAUCACCUCUUCAAGUCGAUAUAUCUCCAUGCGACAAAAUACUCUGUCCUCCUGCUAGGCCUCGACAAUGCCGGCAAGACUACACUCCUCGAGCAGAUAAAAGGCACCUACACGGCCUCGCACCCCAAUCUCAAGACUGUUCCUACCGUCGGCCAAAACGUUGCUACCAUCGCCCUACCCCCUCCAAAUCCACCCAUCUACCUCAAGAUAUGGGAUGUCGGCGGCCAACAUAGCCUGCGCGGGCUCUGGCAAUCAUACUACAGCAGCUGUCACGCCAUCGUCUUCGUCAUAGACAGCAGCGAUGUAGGCAACGCCACGCUAGCCGACAUGAGCGCGAACAAUGCAGCAAGCAUAGAAGAUAUUGGGCGGUUGGAUGAGUGCAAGUUGGUCUUGGAGAGUGUACUGGCCAACGAAGAUGCCAGUGGCGUGCCGAUAUUGAUACUGGCGAACAAGCAAGAUCGCGAAGAUUGCGUUGAAGUGGUGAGGAUUAAAGAGGGCUUUGUGAGAAGAGUGUUUGAGGGAGAGAAGGGGGGGAACGUGAGAGACAGCAGAGUGCUUCCUUGCAGUGCGCUCACAGGGACUGGUGUGCAGGAGGCGGUCGAAUGGUUGUGCAGCAGGAUGGCGUUCAACAAAGAGGCAAGACCGCCGGUUAUGAGGUAGUUGCUAGUGGGCACGAAGUCACGAAUAUACCCCAUUAUCCAAACUACUAAUACGUCAAAUGUAGUUACCCUGGGCUGCGUUUUAGUUCUCUGUCUUUUCGCGUUCCGCCAACACUAUCGCAUUAGCAUAAGAGCGGCAGGGAAUCUCGGCUCGCAGCUUUUCGCACUGUUGCGAAAGGACACAAUCAAACAUAACAAGAAGCCGGCG